AUGAGUGACGAUCAAGGAUCUGCUGCCGAGCCUGUCCAAAGACAGGUUCGUGUGCAACUUACGAGCAAACAGGAGGACAUUGCCCUUCCUGAAUCCACCGGACCCAUUCUCGUGCCUACCGGCCUGCGACGUUAUGCCCUCUCGACAUUGGUGAACAACCUUCUGAGCAGCGAGAAGCCGAUCCCAUUCGAAUUUUUGAUCAACGGAACUUUUUUGCGUACCUCGAUCGAUGAAUACUUGAGUGCCAAUGGUAUCUCCUCUGAGACGACUCUUGAGAUUGAAUAUGUUCGCGCUUUGAUUCCCCCGCUUCACAUUGCCUCGUUCCAGCACGAUGACUGGGUCAGCGCAACCGAUGUGCUCUCUGCAACCGCACCUGCCGCAACCUGGGCCUCUGGCGCCACUUUCUCCAAAGGCCAAGAGAGAAUUCUUUCCGGUUCUUAUGAUGGAUUCCUUCGUGUUUGGAACAUGUCUUCUGAGACCAUUGCCACUUCCCCUGCUGCUACCGAGGGUGGCCACACGGCCUCUAUCAAGGCUGCCAAAUUCGUGUCUCCCAACCAGAUCGCUUCGGCUUCCCUGGACCGCACUGUUAGGCUGUGGAAGUACACCGAGGAAGCUGGUGGCUUCUCUGGAAAGAUUGCUCCUCAGCUCGAGCUCUAUGGCCACAAAUCCGGAAUCGAGUCUUUGGCCGUGCACGCGCCAUCUAACCGUCUUCUGACCGGCUCGUCCGAUCACAACGUUGGAUUCUGGAGCACCAAGAAGGCUGAUGCUCCUGCUGCCCCGGAGAACUUGCUUCCUUCUAACGCUGCUCGCAACUCCAAACGACGUAAGCUGAACUCGUCUGUCAGCACUGCGCAACGCGGUCCUCUGGCCCUUCUUUCAGCUCACACCGCUCCCGUUUCGGCUGCCAUCUUCGACGCCAGAGAUUCCACUGUUGGAUACUCUGCAUCUUGGGACCACUCCCUCCGCACUUGGGAUCUAGUCACCGCUUCCCUGGUUGAUACUCGUACUACUGCACACUCGCUACUCUCUCUGGAGCACCUUCCCGACCACAACCUUCUCGCAGCUGGUACCUCUGCUCGCCACAUUACUAUGAUUGAUCCCCGCGCCUCUGCCACCACUGUUGCUGCUAUGACUCUCCGUGGCCACACCAACGCUGUUGUCAGCUUGGCCCGCGACCCGCACAGCUCACACGGUCUGAUUUCCGGUUCCCACGAUGGAACUGUGCGCCUGUGGGACUUGCGCAGCACCAAGACCGACAAGGAAGGUAUUGUCGGCAAGGCGGACUCAAAGCGUGUCGGAGGAGAGGGCGUCAAGGUGUUCAGUGUGUGCUGGGACGAAACCGUCGGCAUUGUGAGCGCGGGUGAGGACAAACGGAUCCAGAUCAACCGUGGUGAAGGUGUUCUGUCCUCGGCAAAGGAGUAG